AUGGAGCCCGACGUCCUCGAGCUCACCGCUGUCGAAAGCGAUCUCGUCACGGAGCGUUACGUCCAGGUCCAGCUCCACGAGAGGGGAAUUCCCUACGCGCUCGGCGGUCUUGCUGGACUCGCUGCCGGAGCCGAGUCGUGGCAUCGGGCGGGGUACGACACGCCGGUCACCGUCCUGUUGCGCACGAUCCACGUCCCGACCAAGUUCGCGCCUAUCAUGAUCCAUGUGCGCCCGGACAAGGUGGAAGACGCCGCCGGAAUGAUCAUCUACGACCCGGAGAUCCACGCCCCUUUCGAGACGCACCGAUGCCGCUGGUACUCUACGCGCGUGCAGGGACAGCGCCCGAUCCGGUCCUUCGUCAAGAUCGUCCCGAUGGUGCACCCGCAGGACCCGGGUCGAGCCGGCGAGCGCAACUGGCGCACGUGGGCCUAUAUCGUCCUCGACUCGUUCGAGCUCGCGGCCGGCGAGCCGGUCGACUCGGACGGGCACUACGCCGCGCUCAUGGUCGCCCGGUGGGCGUUCUUGUUCGGCACGGCCCUCUACUGGGUCGAGCAGGAGCACUUCCCGCCGCCGCCGAACCAGAGCGCAGACGACCUCAUCGAUCAUUCUCUCCGGCACACGCUCGACGCCGCCAUGGCGCAGGUCCUCGUCGGCGCGCCCGGCGUCGCGACGAUCGACCGGUGGCUCACCAUCUUCCGCGCCGACAGCGUCGCGGGCGCCGCCGACUGGGAGAUGGCGCACUUUGGCGCACAGUACCAUGCGCUCGACCCGAUCACGCCGCACGGCCGACGCAACGAGCUCAAAGGGCAGUACCGCGAGAUCGUCAAGAGCCUGCGGGCCGGGCUCUACAUGGCGCGCGACCGCAUCGACCCGCACGCUCAACAUCACUUCGCGUCGCUCGCAAAGUCGGCGUACGAGCCACAGAGCCGCACGAGCACGAGGAGGAUCGGGCGAAACGUCCAUUCGCAGUCGUCCUCAACCUUCUAGAUCCUGCAAUUAUGC